AGGUGUGUCGCUGACUGGGGAGAAUCUGUUAAUGAACUUACAGUGGGCUUCUGCUUGGGGCGAUGCUUUCUUCGGACAGUCACCCAGCCUCCUGCUUAGCAGCUGAAGCUACAUUGGGUUUGCCUGUGCCAGCUAAUGUCAGUUUUACCUGUGCUGAAAACCAAACAAUGCUCUCAAAUCAUAAACAAAGCGAUCAAAAUGAUAUAUACUGUCAAGCAGUCAGUAAACAAUACACCAAAAAAUAGAAAACACAUUGUUCAAAACAUAUAGUUCUGUUUUUGUUUUGUUAAACUGUUUUUGUUUAUUUAUUAAAUUACAUUUUACACAGCGUCCCAACUUUUUUGGAAUCAGGGUUGUGAAAUAAAAGUACCUUUGUUGUUGUGACAGCAGGAAGUGUGACGACACUUUUCGUAAAAUAAGAUGAAAUCUGGUCAGACAGGUCAGGUAGGGUUAGGGCACGGCAGACUCUCAGUCAGACACACGCACAAGGAUGAGCCAGCCUGUGUGGACGCAGCCUCAGACUCAGGUUUUUACCUCUAAUGAUGCUGAAUGGUCUUCUGGGAUCUGUGACUGCUGUGACGACAUGAAAGAAUGUUGUUGUGUGUUUUGGUGUUGUCCCUGUUUCGCCUGUAAAACCUCGAAGGCGUUGGGUCAGUGUCUCUGUCUUCCCCUGCUGGAUGUCUGCGGUUGUGCCCGUCCGAUCACCAUGUCCAUGAGAGUGUCUGUACGUCAUCGCUACGGCAUUAGAGGCAGUUUGUGCAACGACUGUGUGUGCGCCACCUGCUGUCUGCCCUGCGUCUGGUGUCAGAUCUCACGAGAGACGAAGAUGAGGAAACUACCCACCAUGCUGAGUGACAUCAUCCACCGCUGAUGACAUCAUCGCUGUGACAUCACUGCUCCCAAAUGUGCAAACACCAAUAAUCAAAGUGUAGCCUGUUACUAAGUUUACAUGUUUACUAAAGUGUUUGUAUUUUUCUAUGAUAGUCAGUCAACAUGUUUGUUUUUAUGCUUUUGGAUUUAUUUAUUUUGUG